AUGCUGGCCCUCCAUAUCGCCCUCUACUCCCUCCUGGGCACUGGCCUCGUCUUUGCCAUCGUCGAACUGGGCCUGAGUGCCUAUGUCACCACCUUCUGGGGCGGCAAAUCGCGCUCUUACUCCUAUGAUCCCUACGAGGGCUAUACCUACAAAACGGUUAACGCCAGUGUGCCCGGGAUCCUGGCUUUUUUGCUCUUCACGGCCAUCUGGACGAUCCUCUUCACGGUCGCGGCGGCUGUCCUGCCAUGGCACUACGGCCGUAAGGGUCUGGUAACCAAGAAGUUGAACACGAUCCUCGGCAUCGGCUUCCUCGUCGUUUACUUUGUCACAUCCGUCUUCUGGCUGGCCUGUUUCGCCGAUCUCGCGUCUCUCAUCAACGGCGCUGCCUAUACUAGCGACUACUAUAACGCCCUCAUCGCAUUUGCCGUGUUGAACUGGCUCAUCUACCUCGCCCUCUUCAUCCUCGGCAUCCUCGCCGUCGUCGGAGUCCUCUUCUCCGACUGGGCUGGCCAUCAAUCCAUGCGCAAGGAGCGCGCGGCGCCGCAGGAUCCGGGUCUGGCGCCCGUGCAGCAAGUGCCGAUGAGUACGACCCCUGUUGCGGCCCCCUCCGAGCUCUCCACGCGUGAUGCUGAGGCUCUGCAUAACCAGCCACCCAGCCAAUCUCUUAGUACCUCGUCGCCGUCGGCGGUUACCAGCGCGGAGCUCGAUGGGGGGAGCAGCGUCCAUGAUCACCAGAUGGGGCAUCGUUAA